AUGGCGUCGCAACGUAGAGACUCGGCCCCGCGCGGAGACGGCAGCUUGGCAGCCAUCUGCACGCUUAUUGAGCGCAGCAAUCUGGACCGCAAGUCCAAGCUCGACAGCACUGGCCGCGUCUGCUACGAGCUCAAAAAUGACCCGCUGCUACUGGACUCGUUUCCAAUGGACCGACUCAUGAAGGCCAUGCGUCGUCUGGUUUGCGACUCGGACACAUCAACGCGCGCGGGAGCGCUCAGGGCGCUGCGUUACGCCAUCAGCAGUAGUGCUAGCAUCAAGUAUUUCGUGGAUCUCAACUUGCCCGUCUUCGUGGUUCGCUCUUUAGAACGUGAGCAAAAGCAUUUAGCAGAACGUGUCCAGGCUCUCAAGGUAGUGCGACGGAUCAUGGAGAUCGACGCGGCUCAGAUGCCGACAGGUCUCGUGACCUCGUUGACGGCCAUUGCAGGGCACAAGGACGAUAAUAUGCGUCGUGUGUGCUUGGAGACGCUACGAGAGUUAUCACUGCUGAAUGUAGAGGUCGUGGCUGAGGCUAAUGGCACUAAAACCUUGGUGGAUGCCAUUCUGGAGCCGUCGUUCCAGGACCUUGCAGACUCGCUGCUUAUGACAUUGCUUGUCAUCCUAAAUGAGCCGUCGACUCGCAAGUUUAUUGAGCCUUUCGUGGAUUCACAAGUGCUAUUGGCUCCAUUCACAGAUACUGACUUACCAGCGGGUAACGAGAGGAGACAGCGAUGGAUGGCCAGUCGCAACGCCAUUGUGACGAUGAUGCGAUCCUGGACAGGAAUGGUGGUGCUGACGAGCAAUCCGCAGGGUUUACAGUCACUGAUUCAGCUAUUAGUGAAACCUGUGGGCGAGGACGUGCAGAAGGCAGUUCUGUCCACUAUCUGCGAGAUUUUUUACAAGAAAACCAGCUUCGACAAGUCAGCCACCGACGCUGCAGACACACCUGCUCUUCCCGUGAGUCUGUCGAGUGCAGAGCAAUUGCCACUUGCAGUGAACCACAAUCUACUGGACAACUACACAGUAAUCAUUCUUCUCGCUAUGAUCCAUUGUGGGAUCCUUGAAGCGCUGGUGACUUUAGGAACGGGACCGUCUCGAGCUUUGGCAGAGCCAGCAAUCGACCUACUGGCUGACAUAUUGCGGAUGGCUUCUCGUUUGCUGCCUGACCAGCACUGUGCGUCAUUGCUCGCACUCCCGCGACUAGUAUCGUCGACGUCGCUGACCACAACAACCACAAUGUCCCUCGGUGACCAUGCAAAGAGUCUGUUAGAGCGUCUACAACGCGAAAAAUCGAUCCGAGCUAGUGAGAUGCUGGGCGAGCUGGCUAACGCUGUAGGUGCCAACUCCGGCAGUAUUGCUACGCGUGGUGUAUCGUUGGUCUCGUACGGCGGCAGCGGUGUUAACGGCGUGCAGCUAGCGUCCGAGCUUCUUCGUGAUACGAAUCGCCCAUCAAAUCUCCUGGCUCUGCAGCAAAUUGCAGGUGUAGUGCGUCUCCCGUCAUCUAGUGGUGGUGUUGGUAUUGCUGGAACUGGCGGUGGCUCUGCGUCUUAUGCUGUUGCGCCUCCUUCAACACAACGCGGAACGAAGAACGCAACGGCGCUCCUAAAAGACAGCUUGACAUCACGAGAGCUGAUGGUUCUCGAGCUUAAGCAAUCUCUCGAUGCACAGAUGGAUGACAGUACAUUUAAAGACAUGCUGCACAACCGCUCGCGCGUACUGACGGACAAGAACUACAAGAACUGGAACUGGGAUAUCAUUGCCGAAAUGCUCGAAGGUCCACUGACAAACCCGCAGCGACUUUCGGAGGCAAUGAAGACCAAGUUCUUCAAGCGUCUCUCAGGCUUUUUCCGUUGUGAUCAAGGCAACAAGGGCUAUUUCUCGAACCUGUACUGGAUUCCGGAUCACGUGCCGUACUUGCGUCCAGCUUGUCAGAUGUAUACGCUUUUGUUGAAUCAUCCCGAAGGUUUACUCUUCCUGAAGACCGACAGACGUGGUCAACUGCUUACCGAGAUUUCGUCAGCUCUUGAGCUGGAGGCACGCCCAGAGGCUGCUAUCGUGGAGUCCCAUAUUGGCGUCUUGAAGGCUCGCAUGUUUUCACCUGACUAUGUAUCGCGUCGAAUGUUGCGCGAGUAUUUCACGCUUCUGGGACUGAUGAGCUCGAGCAAGGAAGGUCUUAAGAUGAUGGAGCAGUCCAAUCUAUUUCAGCGACUGUACGUCAUGGGCACAACUAAGGGCCACGAUUUCCUGUGUCGUCUUAUUCUAGCCAACUUGGACUACUCGGUUGAUGGCAGUUCCCGUAAGCUGCUCCAGUCGUGGAUGAUGGAAGGUUCCAAGGCGCUGCGUCUGUAUGCAACAUGCUUGCUGCGUGCUCUGCUGCGUUCUGAGGUGGCAGACUUUGAUAAGUGGGGUGUCGACGCACUGGUGACGCAACUCACACAAGAGGAGGAGGUUGCUAAGGCUGCGUUGAGUGUUCUGGAAGAGGCCGCUGAGACCCCUGCAUGUCUUCUUGCUAUGAUUUUGAAGCGUCCAACCAAGUUGAUCCAGCUCAAGGACAAACGUGCCGAGUCUCUGCUUCUCAAGUCGCUUUCGCUAGCUGAGGGACUCAACUUUUUGCGUGAGACAGGCGACUGGAUCUCACGUACACUUGCCGCUUGGCGUCGUGAGAAGCACAUUUCAUACGUGCAUGCCGUGGAGCACGCGCUAUUCCGUGGCUUACAUCGCGAUGCAGCAGGCCGAGAACGUGGUGCAAGCGGUGGCUCAACUAGCACACGCCAAACGUGCUCUCCUACUCCCAUCCCGGUGAAUGUGCCCAUGAAGCGAGGUGGUGGCGUCGGACUUAAGCCUCCUAGUGGUGGGAGCAGCCAACGCUCCUUGUGGGGACUGGAUUGGCUCUAUCGUAUGCCGUGGAACAUGGAGGUGAAGAUUGUGGGACCUCCAGGAAGCGGCCCUCCGUCGAAUCUCAUCUUGGAGACGUAUAUCGAUGGCGCGAUGCGUGACGAGGAUGAUGGUACCAGUAUCGACGAUGAGCUUCGUAUGAACUCCAUCCGCGUCAAGGGAAUCGUUGUCGAUGCACGUAAUAUGCCUCAACCUGUGGUCGUGAACUCACAGCAGACAUUGCAAGCGUGCCUGUUCUUGGGCACGCAACCAGUAGACCGACGUGGCUUUACGAAGCCGCCACCGCAGAGCAAUGGAGGCUUCGUGUCCACAAGCGCAUCUGCAUCGGGCGGUGGCUCUGCUCUUUCAAGCGACACCCAGCAGAAGAUGCUGCGUGCACGUUCAGCGUCCAACUCGACUACUGGGAAUAUGGACCGCAGCUCGGAGACGAUGAUGUCUGCGUCGCUGGACUUUGCCGAUACUGGUGCGUCUUCGGUCGACGCAGCGAAGGAAGAAAAUAAGGAUUGGAGUUCGUGUCAGCCCGAGCAGCGGUCGCCGCAGUAUCUUACAGCGCCGGAGUGUUCACUAUGUGCCCCUGGAGAGCGUGCUGUGUGGAACUUCCGAGUGGAAAUGGACUCAGCAGCUGGCACCAACACCUCAAACGGAAGCGUGAAGCGUCUUAUGCUCAAGUCUGUGGAGUUCACACUGCAGCUACUUCCUCUUCGUCCGCGUACCGUACCAUUGCCAGUGCAUCUGUACGGUGAGUUAGCGAAGACCAGUGCUGGUUGCCAGAUUCUGCACUCCUCGGGCCAUUUACCAGAGUUCCUCGCCUGUCUUCGUGACGCUGCAAGCGUUCCUCUUGAAAAGCGCGCCGCUUUGUGGGCACUUGGUCACGUAUCAGCCACUCCACGCGGAUACGACCUGCUGAACCACUACGCUCAAGACUUUGUGGAGAUGAUCGUGAAGCUGGCUACUGAUUCCCCGCUCGUGUCCAUACGCGGAACGUGUUUCUUCGUGCUGGGUUUGCUAGCACGGUCACCUGCUGGUCAACGACACCUGGCUCGUCUUGGCUGGGAUGCUCCGCGUGAUGCAUCACGCACGUCCAUUGCUGUCCCGCAGAACUGCACGUCGCUCUUUAUGUGGCCACCGUCUGGCUCCUCAACGCCUUGUCCAUUGACGCAGACGCCUCGUGCUUCACCGCUUCAGCGACUAUUAAUCCGCAGACGUGACAAAAUGCCCAAUGAGUGGCGCGAAGUACUGCGUUUUGUUGCAGAUCUGAGCAACCACAUCACUCAGAAGGAGGCACAUGCUUCGCUUAACAAGCUGCGCUCAUCGAAACCCGAGUUAUUCGAAGAACCUGUGCUGCUAAUGUAUGUGCAUGCACUACUGGAGAAGUACAGCUACCGCUUGGCUCUACGUCAGUUCGUACUCAACGCUUUCGACCGAGCAACAUUGACAGAUGAGGUGCUGGAUACGUUGCGUAUUGAAGACGAAGAGGAGCAGGGACAAACGCGCCAACGUGUGCCAACCGGUCGAGAGCUACGGCGCCGUCGCUCUUCGCCUUCGAUCCCGUCAUUUACUUCCUCAGUUCAAUCACUGAACGCUGCCAUGCAGGCGACAUCAAGUGUCUCUCGUCUGUCUUCUAUGCAGAAUGUAUUGAGCACUGGAGGCAACAUGGGCGACCAGCGCUCGACGAUGCGGCUGAACGCUUACAACGACCCCAUCGACCGUACGGUAUUGCUUAAGCGCAACCGCAAACGUUUAGCUUUCUCCGAGAAGACGAUCGUUGUUGGAGCUCCUGAAGCUGUUGUGUAG